UGGCGUCGUUUCGUGGUAAUGUUUUAAUAUCUGUACAUUUAAUUGACGAUCUUGAGUCUUGAUCAUCUUCUUUAUGUGGGAUAAAACCCGUAUAGGAAGCCUCUUGGGAUGGGUAAAGACGAGACUUGCGUCUUCACUUCUUCUGAGGUCACGUAAAGCGACGUUAGUCAUAUUCGGCUUACUUUUGUUAUUUUUAAUAUGGAGUGUAUCAAGAUUGUAUCCGAGCCACAGAAGAGUAAAAGGAUCCCAGAGAAACAACAAGUACUCAGCUCUUCCAUUUGAUGGAGUUUGUCUUGGCAACUUCCUUGCCAAAUGGGAUAGUGAAGUUGAACAGGGCAAUGCCAUUAUUACCCAUAAUCCACUGCAAAGCCAUGAAAGUCCCUACAUCCCAUUUGUUGGUAAUGGUUACCUUGGUGUUGCAGCAAAAAAGGACUCUUAUCUCCAAGUCAAAGACUUGACUUUAAUGGAAGUGCCUUACGGACCUUUGUUAGAACCAGUAAUGACUACUGCUUCCACACCAAAAGAGGCAACCAUUAUUCAUCUUAAGAAUGGAAAAGUCCAUCAUAUACAAAGUUAUUUAUGGUCUCAAAGCUGUGUGUUAGUAGAAAAUGUGGUAUUUAUUCAUAGAAGUCAUCCUUCUCUGCUGGUACAAGAAAUUCAUGUCACAAACCAUGCUGAAAUUCCUGCUUCUGUUAGUUUGAACCAAAAAGGAGCAAAAGAGUGGAGGAAGGCAUCCACAAAGAGUGACAGCAUAAAGGGCAAGUCAGGACUAGUCAAUUAUGAUAUCCACCAUGGCAACAUUGCAUAUGUUGAUGAAAACUUCCCCGGUGUCAAUGUCACCAUAGCAACAACCAAGAAACCAGAAACCCUUAACAUUAAGAGCAGAAGUUCUGCAGAUAUUCGUCACGUUGCAGUUGUACACACUUCAAUUCACUCAAAUGAAAAAGUUCCAGCCAAGAAUUUUGACAAGGAUGAACUAGAAGGACUAGCUAAAAAGGACUUUGAAAUGAUUAUGAAAGACUUUGACCCUAAAGAGAUAAAUAACAGUCACAAGUCUGUAUGGAAUAAGCUUUGGGAAACUGGAGUACAUGUUGACCCACGGCAUGAUGCAGACACACCCCCAGGAAUUGAAGUGAAUGCAACAAUGUACUACCUCUUGUCUACCUUCCCUACGCCUGACUAUAAUAUUCACGGCAAUUCACAAAACAGCGAAGAAAUAGAAUCACUGCUACAUGCUCCUGAGCACUGCUUUGGGGGACCUCCUACGAUGCACUCUGCCUCACUUUGGCCCAUACCCAGAACUGAGGCAGCCGUUGCUAGGAUGAUGUCAUCAUGGAAAAAAGUAUUGACUCAGAAUGGGUGUUCCUCUCUCAUCAAGGCUGGUGGAACAGGUAUUGCUCAAGCAAUGACGUUAAGCUUUGGUGGCCUUCAGUUCUCUGCAGGGUUAUUUGAGUUUGCUGCGAACCCUGCUUCUCUUCACACGAGUGUAACAUUUCGCCAUAUUCACCUCUACAAAGGAAUUUUCAUUAAUGUAUCUGUCAUCAUUAAUGAUCAUACGGGACAUGCUGAAAAGCUUUUUAUCCAAGCCAAAGGAAAUGAAAAGACCCCUCUUUAUGCCUGUGAGGCUGGUUGUCAGUACGAACCUGUUGAACUGAGCUCGUCCUCGGUAGUUUUCCCAGUACGCAUGACUAAACCUGUUACACCGAUCCUCUACAUCUCAAAGAAGAAAGGACAGUUGCAAAAUAUCAAGAAGAACGUCUUUAUCAAGGAUGCGCACCAAGAAUCUUUGAAGCAUCACCACGUCUUCCACCAUGUGGGACUUCCUGCCAAGUUCUGGGUCUCCAUCGUGUUCCUCAUCGUUGCAUUUCAUUUGUACCUCGUUAAACUCAUUUAUUCGGAAUGUUUCAAAGAACCUAUCAGAUCUAAAGUCUAUGUUAGCUAACGGUUAUGGGAUUCCUUUGGAAAACUUUUGUAAUUAUAUUGAGCAUGCGUAGCUCGUGGUUGAUCUGUGGACAGUGGCUGCGCAACAUUUGACCUUGGUUAUAUUUGACCUUGCACAAGAAUGAGCCUGAAAAAAAGCAUGGAUGUAACUGGUUAGAGGAACCUUUUUAUACAAUGUAGUUUACCAGUGAACGUUUAUGAUUCCGAUGAAAUAGGGAAAUGUUAUAAUCGAUAGGAGACUUUCAAUUGCAACUUAUUUAAAUGGUUUUCUUGGGGCUGUAAAAUCGACUGUUCCAGAAGGGGAUAUACCUUUUUAGCUUGGUAGUAAUGUUUUCCCAUUACAGACACCGUGUCAUUCCCUAGAGUACCAUUCCUUUGUUUAACGGUUGCGCAUAAGACACAUGAAUACGGAUACGACUCAAACAAAGUAUCUUAUUCUCAAGAGAAUGACACGUGAUCUGAAAUGAGAAAACGUGAAACCCAAGCCAAAUAAGUUUAUUCAAAUAUUUACACUAAUCAUAGCGCAGCAAAAUCUAGUACCUGGGCUAAAGGACCUAAAAUAACGGUUAUGAAACUUUUCAAAAUUGAUAAUGAAUCGUAAAGAUAACAUUAGAUCCAAAACUAUUGCUUUAGGUAAUAGCAAAAUAGUGGGUAUGACUAAUACACCUAUAUAUCAUAGCAGUGUAACCAAUCAAUCGUAAUUCAAAGCUAGAACUUGUUCAUUUCUUAUAUUUUAAUAUGAUUAUAAUUGAAUAACUAGAAAGUUGUAAUA